UCGCCUCCUGCUCCUCGCGGCCGUUCACUCGACACAGAUAGGAGAUAGGGUUGUCUACGACGAAUCGGCCACCGCCAGCACACCUUCGGGAGCGAACCGGCCGCUUGCAACUUCUCGGCCGACGAUCAUCAGCUCCUGCGGCUCCAAGUUCUUCUACAGCAGCACUCUAUUGUGCAGCAGACCUGUGCGCUGCAUGCCGCAGACUUGUUUCAAGACAGGUACAGAAGCGAGGCAGUGCCACCCUCGGUACGCCAUGGGCGCCUGCCUCCGGCCAGGGUGGCAGGCUGGCCUUCUAUCCGCGAAGAAGCUGAAACUUAAGAGAACAGCAAGUAGCUCAAAUAGAAGGCAAAAAAAUUGCAAGCCAAGAGUAAAAGAGGUAUCCAGCAUUUUAUGUGAUGGGCAUGAUGCUGUGGUAAAGAACCCCAGUCAAGAAAUCAGUUGGUAUAAACUCAGUAAAGAACUUGCUACAAAGUUGUCCCCAAGCAUUGUCUCGCUUGCUUCAUUUGAUGGAGACAAGAUGCAUUAUAAAAGCACAGGUAUAGUUGUUAGAAACAAUUCAUCAUCUGGGGCAUGUGUUCUGACCUCGUCAGCUUUGGUUAGCACAUCAGAUACUGAACGCUGGUUGAUGCCUGCACUGAAGAUAAAAUUGUGCCUUCCAAAUAAAGAAGUUGUUGAUGGGUGGAUAAAACAUUAUGAUUUGCCUUCCAGAAUGGUUGUUAUCGGUGCGAGAUUCUUCCCUGAUCUUCGUGAAGCUUGUCUCAGUAACUGUGUGCAAGUUGAUCCGCAUGCUCACUUAUUAGCUGUGAAACGCUGUUACUACUCCGGCAAAUUAAUGAAAACAUAUGGGAAACCUACUGACACUCCAAUUGAAGUUGACAUUGAAGGAUUUAUGUUGUCCACAUGCAAUAUCACUAUGGAUGGAAGUGGCGGUCCACUUAUUGAUUUUGAUGGGAACAUUGUUGGGUUGAAUGACUACCAUGGUCAGGAAGUUACUCGAUAUGUACCAGCAAAUAAAAUUCUUGAAUGUUUGAGUAAUCUUUGGUUUAGUGUGGAGGAAAAGCAAAACUUUAACAUUCAUUUUGAGAGUUUCUCAGAAGAAUUCACCAAGGAUAAAUCUACACAAGAAUUCACCAAGGUUGAACCAAUACCAACACUCAUUAAGGAUGAACACGAUCAUCUGAGUAUUCUAGAUCCUUGGCCAUCUGACGACUUUACAAAGGAGGUAAAUGAUAUCUUAAGGUCUGAUGGUUAUCCCUUGCCAGCUUAUGCUGAUGGAGGCAUGUAUUUGGAAGGUAGUUUUGAAGAGGAAUUUGGCACAUAUAUGGGAAGCAAACGUACUAGAAAAGUUGUUUUAAUGAACUCUAAGAGUGUUGUUGCACUCGCUUCGUUCAACGACAAGGGAAGGCAUUUUGCUUGCACAGGUGUAUUUUUGGACUGCAAUGAAUCCACCUCAACAGUUCUGACUUCAGCAAGUUUGGUUAGAACAACUGGUGAUGAAAACAAGAUUAUUGAUAACUUGAGGAUUGAAGCUUGCCUUCCAAAUGGAAAACGUCUUGAAGGGAAAUUGCUACAUCGUAACUUAAGCUAUAAUGUAGCUGUUGUCAGCAUCCCGAUUGUUAGCAAAAACCGUGCAGAAAUAUCUGUUGAAGCAACUCAAACUGAGGUAGUAGCUCUUGGGCGUGCCUUCAAAUCUGGCAAUUUGAUGGUCACGGCUGGCUUAAUGAUUGGCGAACAAGACAAAUUUGAUUGCAGAGAGCUGAUGUUCUCCACUUGUAAAAUCACCAAGGCUGGAAUUGGUGGCCCCCUUUAUGAUUUGGAUGGGAACUUCAUUGGCAUGAACUUCUAUGACACUGAAGGAACUCCUUACCUACCAACUAGCAUAAUUAUGAAAUUAUUGGAGAGUUUUGACGCAGAGAGGGCUGUUGCUGCCAGGAUUACAGAGAAGCUUAUUUAUAGAUGGCCGGUGCCUAAGCCAUAUUGGUACUAUCCGAGUCAUCACAAGCAGGAGCUUGUGGCAAAAUGGAUAUUAGAGUGAAAGUAUCAAAUCUAAUGUUACUGGGUCAAGAAAAAUAGUGUUCAGGACCUGUACAGAAUUCUCCCAUGAAAUGUUCUGUGUUGUAUUUAUUAUAUCGAAAAUGAAUUUAAGCAACAUUAUUAUUUAUUUUAUCAGUUGUUAAUGCUUGCUUAGCACACUUGAAAUGAUCUGGCCUUAACUUUUGGGUGCUCUGUUCUCAAGGGUCACCAAAACAAUAGUGUGUUACUACUGUU